UUCAGUCAAAAUGAUGGGAAAUUUUUAUGAUGUCUUGUAUGUGCAUAUAUUAUGUAACUUUUUUAUUCGUCGAGUUAACUUCCCGCAGCGGUCAGGGGUUCCGCACACCCUGGGGUCUUUUGAAGACAGGCGGUAACCACUGUUAUCCUUUGAAGUGAUGCGGUCAAACUGUCUGAAAGGUCUCCGGAUUCUGUCCACGCACGUGCAGUUUCCUUCACUCUGAUUUCAAUACUAAAGACAAUAAGAUGCACCUAACGCUGACAAUAACGACAAUUUGUAUGAUAUUUCUGAUGCAGGGGAGCGUGAGCCAGAAAUGUAAGAGGGAAAACAACAUUGUAAGUUGUUUUACGUACAAGAGAGAAUCGUUUCAAGGGGCAAGAACGAUGCGAAUUGGACAAGUCAAAGCCCCGCAACUGGACACGAGAGACUUCCCGGAUCUUGAGCUUCUAGAAAUUCUGAAAACCACUCUCAAAUGCACAGACAUUAAAACAGCUGAGCAGACCAAAGUCAUCCUGAACAAUAUUCCGUGCGAACAUGUAGAGACAUCAACAACCAAUUCCAAUGUGACAAUGAGCAGUAUUGUGCAGGACGUGCUCAGCAAUGGAACAGAUGUUAACCUGAUUAUUAUAUACGGAGCCAUUUCUGCAACUUUUAUUUUGUUCGCUGGAUUAGGCAUUAGUCUGGCCUUAUGGAGAAAAUUUAAAAGGAACGCAACCCAUAUCCAGGACCGUGAUUCCCUGGUAUACUUCAGUAUAAGUGACAUUAAACUUGAAUGAAUUGUUAUAUUUCAGUAAUUAUCUGUAUCAUCUGUGUAGUAAAAAAGAUUUUCCGUCAUCGCGAACCGGAAGAAGAAGUCCAUCAACCACCGGAGGAAAUUCAGGAAGCGAUUCCCCAACUCCGGAGAUCAACCAGGUUAAGAAGGAGACCAA